GGUAAGUUCUAAGUGCAUUCAGUGAGACAAAGAUCGUGUGUAGUGUGGUGUUUUCUGAAACACAGCCUAGUUCUCUCCUUGCUGAUAAUGUCGUUCACAAGGCCGUUGAUCAUCUGUCUUCUAAUAGCCUGCCUCUGGCUGACGUCCAUGGCGCGGUCGCCUGUGGCUGGUCCUCCUCACAGAGCGAAUUGCCAGAAAGGCAAAGGGAAGUGCACAGUGGGUGACAAGUGCCCGGCAGGGUACGAGUGUAGAACCGAACGAAUUACGGUGACCUUUCGCUUCCCAGAAUGCAGUGAUCUGCGUUCCGAGAUACUUACCAGGACUGGUGAAUGGAAGAAUGCCACUGAUUUUAGUAACAUUCAAGGGGCAAACCUGAGAGAUUUCUACACAGAAGACAGUGUGUUCCUGUUACAGAAUGCAAGCCUCUUUACAGGGCCUCCUGGAGGACGAUCAGAUACUGAAGUGAAGGUGUUUGUUGGUAUCGCGAAUGGCUUUCUGAAUCAAGGUUUGGCGACUGUAGAGGACAUUGUUUAUUUCAACGAUGAUCUCAUCUUGUCUCUAAACGUGUACGAGUUUCGCAAUCCAAGCAUAGCAGACGAUACAGCAUAUGAGUUGGUUUUGUGGAAGAGAGAGGAAGGCAUCAUGAAAGUCGCCGUCACGACAUUAAAUGUGGUUUCCGCGCAGUGAGCUCGAAAUCAACGAAACAGAAGAUGACUAACAGCCACAAGGAUUGUAUGAUUGUGAUGUAAAUAAACCUCGUUAAUUCUCAUGAGACGU